GUCAACUUGGUGGAACGCUCCCGAUGGCUGGACAAUACACAGGCUUACGCAGCCGUGUUGCGGUCGAACGCACGCCGGCGGCAGUGGGAGGAUGCUGUCAGGUUAUACCUGGCUAUGCCGCAACGUCAGGUGUUACCAGAUGAGAUUGCUCUCAACGCGGUGCUGUUCGCUUGCGAAGAGGUUGGUGCAUGGUCAUGGGCGGUUUGGCUACUUCAGAAUUCUCAGCCAAUUGUGAUUCCAGAUGUUGCUUGUUUCCGCAAAGCGUUGAGCAGCUGUCGGAAAGCACAUCAGUGGCGCUGGGCAUGCCAGCUUCUAGCUAAUCUUGCAGGCUUGGGUUUCGCUGUCGAUGCGGCCACGAUGCGCGAGGCAAUAGCUGCGUGCCAAGGGCCGGAUGCCGCCGCUGCUAGGAGCACGCUUGGGAGACAGCACAAGGCGCAGGAGCUGGCAUUUGGUGCUUCCACACCGAUGCUGAAGCCCAAAAGCAAAGUCCUGCAAGCGCAAGCCCCAGCCGAUCUGGAGGAGGACCGCGGGUUGCCAGCUAGGGAAUGGAGACAGCAAGCCUUCGACAAGCUGCUGAGCUCCAGAGUUGAAGGUGAUGAGGCCCUUGGGAUCAUCUCCAGGCUCCGCUUCAACUACGGUUUCGACCUGACAUGCAAAGAGUACAGCAUUCUGACUUCGUUUUUGGGAUCCAGAAGCCUGUGGAAGGCGGCACUCUUUUUCUUUGCGGACAUGAAGGAGAGUCAGGUCUCGCCCGACAGCGUGGCUUACACUGCGGCCAUCAGCGCGUGCAGGAGGGUGAAGCGCUGGCAACAUUCUCUCGAGCUUCUGGAAGACAUGAAGGGGAGCCAGGUUCUUCCUACACUCUCAAGUUUGAACGCUGUGAUAUCUGCAUGUGGACAAUCUGAGCAGUGGCAACAUGCUCUGAUGACAUUCAAAACGAUGAAAGAUUAUGCCGUGAGUCCUGACCAGUGGUCGUUGAAUGGUGCUCUGGAAGCAGCUGCCUAUGGUGAGCAGUGGGCUCUCGCGAUACAAUUGCUCGCAUUGCUGCACCCACUUCGACUGGAAGCCCAGGCCUUCAGCUACAACGGAGCUUUGCGGGCAUGUGAAGCUUGUGGACGCUGGCGAGAAUGCUUGCAGCUUCUGCAGGAUGUUCGGCAGUCAUCUUCUUCACCAUCUCUCACCCAGUACCAUCUCGCCAUCGCGAGUGCUGGCAUGCAGGGCCACUGGAGCCUCGCCCUGGCGUUGUUGCACGAGGCAGAGGCGACUGGCAUGUUGCUUCACAUCCAGACUCUGGAGGUCACCCUCAAUGCAUGUUUGAAGACGAGGCAGCCGCUGGUGGCAUGGGAUCUGCUUGCGGCGAUUUUGCAGAGAGGUUCGCGGGAGCUGAAUCUGGAUGCUGCAGAUCUGGCGACAUCACUUUGUCAUUGUGACUGGCAGGAUGCGAUCAUGUACCUGGAGCCUGUCCGCACCAAGCGAUGGGUUGUGGAGUCCCUGCUACCCGCGUUGUCGGAGAGUCGGGC